CUAUGCGAAAAAGGAAUCUGAUCUUAAUGGAGCCCAAGUAAAACUUCGAGAGUCUGAAGCAGCCCUCAAUUCUAAAGAAGCUGCACUGGCCACAGCCCUUGGUAGUAAUAGAAGUCUCGAGGGAGAAAUUGAAGAGUUAAAAACUCGAAUUGCACAGCUUGAAGGUUCUUUAGCUGCUGCCAAGGAACAGCUUGUAAGUGAAACCUUACUGAAGGUGGAUCUUGAAAACCGUUGUCAGAGUCUCAUUGAGGAGUUGGAAUUUCGUAAAGCUGUGUAUGAGGAGGAAAUCAAUGAGACAAGAAGGAAGCAUGAAAUGUGCUUAGUUGAGGCCGAUUCUGGGCAUCAGAUUGAAUAUGAACAUAAACUGGCCCAAGCCCUUUGUGAAAUGAGAGCGCAGCAUGAUGCACAAAUGAAGAUAUACAGAGAAGAACUUGCAUGUGCUUACUAUAUCAAACUUGAGAAUGCUAGACUGUCCUCAGAGAUGAACAGUUCUGCAGCCAACUCAGCAAGAGAAGAACUCAAUGAAAGUCGCUUACGAAUUGAUAAUCUGACUUCCCAUCUCAACAGCCUUCAGAAAGAGUCUAGAUCAUGGCAAGAUAAAGUGCAAGAGCUUGAGGAGAAGCUGGCCAAGGAACGGGAAGACUGUUGCAGAACACUGUCCCAGAAAGAGAAAGAAGUGGUAGAGAUAAGAAAUAAGAUGCAGGAACAGCUGAGUGACUAUGAACAACUUCUGGAUGUUAAACUGGCACUUGAUAUGGAAAUCAAUGCAUACCGGAAAUUGCUGGAGGAUGAAGAGAAGAGGCUGAGACUUUCUCCAGGCCCGUCUUCCCGAGUGAGAGUUUCACAGGCUUCAUCAAGGAGUACUGUGCGUGUGACCAGAGGGAAGAGGAAGAGAAUUGAUAUGGAGGAAUCUGAAGCCAGUGGUAGUGUUCACAUUUCCCACUCAGCUUCUGCCACUGGAAAUGUCCAUAUUGAGGAGAUAGAUGUUGAUGGAAGAUUCAUCUGCUUGAAGAACACCUCUGAACAGGAUCAACCUAUGGGAGGUUGGGAGAUGAUCCGAAAAACAGGAGACUCUUCUGCUAGUUACAGAUAUACCUCAAGAUAUACACUAAAGGCAGGCCAAACUGUAACAAUCUGGGCUGCAAAUGCUGGAGUAACUGCUAGCCCUCCCACUGACCUCAUCUGGAAGAACCAGAAUUCUUGGAACACUGGUGAAGAUGUGGAAGUUAUACUGAAAAAUUCUCAGGGAGAGGAGGUUGCUCAGAGAACCACUGUGUUUAAAACAACUGUAUUGGAAGGGGAAGAGGAGAAAAUUGAGGAAGAAGGAGCUGAAGUGGAGGAAGACUACUCUUGCCACCAGCAG